CCGUCGCCAGCGCGCAACUCAUGGAGAGCGGUCCGUCUUCAACACAAGGCCCUAGGUCGCUCUCAAAGCACCACCAUCCAUACUUCUCUGUGGACGAGGUCGAGUACCUGUCAGAGAAGCAGCGAGGCAAACUUUCCACCGGCCAAGAAGAGAAGGCUCGACAACAAGCUUGUGGGUUCAUAGAGCUGGUGGGGACAAAGAUUGGGUUCCCCCGAAAGACUAUUGCGACGGCUCAAAGCUUAUACCACCGCUUCCACCUGUUCUUUCCCCGGAAAGACUUCCACUUCCAUGAUGUCUCCUUGGCAGCGAUCUACGUUUCCUCGAAGAUGCACGACACGCUCAAGAAACCGCGAGAAAUCCUCAUGUCGUCUUAUCUAGUCCGAUUCCCAGAAGUUGCCGCACGGUCAAAGUCUAUCGGCGGAGACGUAGACAUGGACCCACAGACAGUAGAGCAAGACCGGCAGCGACUGCUUGCCGUCGAACGCCUCAUAUUGGAAACAAUAUGCUUCAACUUCACGUCCAGAAUGGCCUUUCCCUACGUCAUCAAGCUGGGUCGAACGUUGAACGCAUCAAAGGCACUGAUAAAGCUCGCUUGGAGAUUAUCCGUCGACGUCCACCGGACGCUAGUCCCUAUCCAGUACCCUCCUCAUGUAGUCGCCUUGGGGGCUAUCUACACUGCAGCACUUUUAGCAUGCAUGGACGUGUUCGCACCCGAAAGACCUCAGCCCACGGCUACGGAUCGAAAGAUUGCCUCCAUGCUUCAAAGACCAGGCCCAUGGGAAGAUAAUUACAUGACUCACGCUAAAGAUCUGGACGAGAUCGCCCACCUAACCCUGGACCUCCUCAUUCAGGCAGCGCAAAACCCAUCGGCAAAUACCUCACCUCGAACGCCGUCCUCGCCGUCACCACAUCCGUCGCCAAUGCACGCGUUUUCGGGACAAUCCGGACAUGCUCCAGCUGUGCAGAUUCCAUACAAGGCGGACUCUCUCAUUCAACUGAAGAUUACGCUCCGGGAGAACGAGGCAGCGGAACAGAGGGCGCUGCGCCCCGUGGAUGGCGCGGCAAGAGCCGAUGUUCGUGCGGCUAUAGCGAACGAGGCGAACAUGCUGGGCCGCAAUGAAGGUACUGUGAGGUUUUUGUUCGCCCCAGAAAGUGUUGCAGGAGCGGUGUAAUAGGUGGUCAGUUUAGGUUAGGUAGCACAUAACUUUGGAAUAUCC